AUGUCCGAAACCGAGCAAGAGUGGAAGCCCACCAAGAUUCGACCUCAGUCGACUAUGGCGCAAGCUUUCUCUAGCGCUCUCGAUAGCGCCUUUGCGCUAGACAGCGAAGUCGACCACCUGGCGCAAACCAUUGAUCAAAAGAAGCAACAGAUGAUGAUCCAAACCCGAGAGCUCGAGGUUCUACAGCGGCGAAUCCGCGAGGCCGAAGAACGUCUGCAGAGAGAGCAGAACGGGCGCGCGACGAACGGAGGCGGAGACCACUCAGCCGGUAAGGAUGACUCUGCGUGA